AUGGAGAAGCAGCUUUUCGACCUAAACCCUCGGCCAAGUUUACUUCAGCGGGUAGCCAGGCUCACAGUUGCUGCUCUCGUUUUCAUAGUCUUGGUAUCCAAGCUCAACUGGCUUGAGGAAGCUGAAAACACUAAGGACCCAAAGGAAGUCGUAUUGCAGUCGCUAGAGACGAACCACGCUCGCAAUUGGUCAAGAAUAUACACCGCAGAGAAGCAUUUGGCAGGAACAAAUUAUGGGUUGGUGGAGUUUACUCGAAGCAAGUUUGCUGAAUACGGUGCUAAAGCGACCGUAGACGACUACCAUGUGCUUUUGAGCUACCCUGAGGAUCACUCUUUGUCGUUAAUGGAUAAGCACGGAAAUGUGGAGUUCAAGGCAUCCUUGAGAGAGGAUGAGGUCAAAGAGGACCCCACUUCUGUUGGGAAUGACACUGUGCCCACGUUCUUGGGCUAUGCAGCUAAUGGCAAUGUGACUGCUCAGUAUGUGUAUGUGAACUACGGCACCAUUGACGAUUUCUUAUGGAUGGAGGAAAACGGGGUUUCAGUAAAAGGGAAAAUUGUCAUUGCUCGUUACGGACGAAUCAAUCGUGGCAUUAAAGUCAAGUUUGCACAAGACUUCGGUGCUGAGGGAAUAUUGAUUUAUAGUGAUCCGGCUGACGAUGGUGACAUCACCACAGCUAAUGGCUACAAGCUGUACCCACAUGGCCCAGCUAGACAGGAAAGCUCGGUUCAGAGAGGCAGUGUGAUGUUCUUGGGUGCUUUGGAUGCUACUCCUGGAGACCCAACAACACCAGGAUACGCAUCUAAGAAGGGAGCUAAACGAGAGGAUCCGCAUAAUAGUAUUUGCAAGAUUCCUGCUCUCCCAGUGUCUUACAAAGAAGUCAAACCUCUCUUGGCAAAGUUGAAUGGUCACGGAAAGAAUGUGCCAGAGUCUUGGAAGGGUACAUUGGAGGGUGUAGACUACAGCACAGGUCCACAUCCAAGCGCAACGCUAAACCUAUACAAUAAGCAAGAGUACAAGAUUACUCCGAUUUGGAAUGUCUACGGGGAAUUUGAAGGUAAAAACAAAGAUGAGGCUAUUGUGAUUGGUAACCAUAGAGACGCUUGGAUCAAAGGCGGAGCUGGAGAUCCUAACUCGGGAUCCUCGGUACUUAUUGAAAUAGCUAGGGCUUUGGGCGAUUUAAAGCAAUCUGGCUUCGAGUUCGAGAGAACUAUUAUUCUAAAGAGCUGGGAUGGGGAAGAAUAUGGUCUCAUUGGAUCGACCGAAUUUGGUGAGUACGCUGCAAAGAGACUACAAAAGAAUGUUGUGGCGUAUAUCAACACCGAUGUAGCUGUACAGGGCCUGCUUUUAAGCUUGGGCGCUUCUCCAGUCUUGAACAAAGUGUUGCGCAAGGUGGCUAAGUGGCUACCAUAUCCUGGAAAGGAUGACAUCUCUUUGUAUGAUCACUUUGUCAAAGAAAAAGGUGACAUAAUCAGGAAUUUGGGGUCUGGAUCGGACUAUACUGUAUUCUUGGAACAUUUAGGUAUACCCUCUGCGGAUAUAUCUUUCAAAAGUGGGAAGAAAGAUCCCAUCUAUCACUAUCACUCCAACUAUGACUCGUUCCAUUGGAUGGAUGAGUUUGGCGAUCCAGGAUUUGUCUUUCAUAAUCUCGCUGCAAAGUAUCUCGCCCUCUUAGCUUUGGAGUUGUCCCAGCACAAAGUGAUUGAGUUCUCACUACACGACUACGCCAAAGAUUUGCUAUUCUACUUUGAGCUAGCUAAGGAUACCAUACCCAAAGAUUGGCUUGAUCGAAAGGUAUCUCCACAUUUAAUGGCAGAGUACAUUGCUAGGGAUCACAAGAACGAUGCUGCCAUUGAUAGAGCAUCACAAAAUCUAUAUGCGGAGAAUACUGAUGUGGUUUUCCCGGAGUUUUUGUUGCCUUUCCAAUGUAGGCACAUGAGAAGAAUGAUGAAAGAACAUGAGCAUCAUAAAACUGUCACACUUGGUGAGAUCGUGAAUCACACUCAGCAACAGUUGGAGCAAUUAAAAGAAAAAACACUGUCGUUUGAUUAUGCAAGUGCAAAGUUGCAAAGACGAUACAACGACAGAAGGGACCUUCAUUGGUGGCAGAGAGUAAAGCUACAUUUCAGGAUCAAGCACCAAAACAAGCUCAUUCAGUAUUUUGAGAGAAACUUUUUGCAUGAGGAAGGGCUCCACAGACGACCAUGGUUUAAGCAUAUUGUUUUCGCCGUCGGCCGCUACGCCGGAUACGCUGGUCAGACUUGGCCGGGCAUAAGAGAGGCGGUUGAGGAUGAAGAUUUCAACGGUACUGUCAAGUGGCUCGGAAUUGCUGCAAGAGCUGCCAGAAGGGUCUCCUUGGGAUUGCACGUUGCAUAA